UGCAUAUAUAAGAUGACAGUGGGGUGUUGCUUGCUAGAUCUGGCAGUGAACGCGACAAGAAUUGAGGUGGCGUCGCCGCACAUUUCCCCCACAAGCUUCCGGCGCUUCCCUUUAUUCUCCGCCUCAUCCUCCUUUCCUUUUCAUACAAACUUCAAAUAAAAUAAAAAAUAACUGCCGCCGGUUGAAGCUAUAUGCUUUCUAGCUCAUCCGCCAUGGAAUGUUUGCUGCUUCAAGCAGUAGCAGUAAUGCUCCUCCUCUGUUCUGCCCCAUCUUCUUCCUCUCCGAUUUCAGCAGUGGGGGACCCCGGAAUGAGAAGGGACGAUCUCAGAGUGGCCUUCGAAGCUUGGAACUUCUGCAAUGAAGUAGGCGAGGAAGCUCCCUCCGGAAUGGGCAGCCCCCGCGCCGCCGACUGCUUCCGCCUCUCUCAACCCAAGUCGCCGGCGGAGACACCGGAAAUUGAGCACCUCGUGUCGGAGGCAGUCAACAAACUCGGAAUAGGGAAGCCAUUCCCCGGAUUGAGACCCGGAUCUCUGAAUAACCCGGACCUGUACGCCGCCGAUAAGGAGCUCUACCUGGGCUCGCUCUGCGAAGAGAAAGCGCCGGCUGAAGAUUCGUCCGGUAAGAGGCGGCGGCCGUGGCAGUUUUGGAUGAUUAUGCUGAAAAACGGAAAUUACGACUCCAAAUCCGGUCUCUGCCCCCAGAACGGAAAGAAGGUGCAGCCAUUUUCCGGCGGCAACUUCCCCUGUUUCGGGAAGGGUUGCAUGAACCAGCCCCUCUUAUACCACAGCCGAACCCGGAUAGUCGUCGUCGGAGGCGGCGAUGCGAGACUGGUGGGCGGCUUCAACGGCACCUACGACCUGCAGGGAGGAGGCAACGGCGGUUCAUCUUACUUCGAGGUGGUGUGGGAGAAGAAAGUGGGAGAAGGAGGGUGGGCGUUCCGGCACAAGCUGAGGACCUCGAAAGCGUACCCAUGGCUGAUGCUAUACCUGAGAGCCGACGCAACCAAUGGAUUUUCCGGCGGCUACCACUACGCCACCCGCGGCAUGCUCCACACCCUCCCUGAGUCUCCCAACUUCAAGGUCAGAUUGAGUCUGGAUGUGAAGGAGGGUGGAGGACCCAAGAGCCAAUUCUACUUGAUUGAUAUGGGCAGCUGCUGGAAGAACAAUGGGAAACCGUGUGACGGGGAUGUGCUCACGGAUGUCACCCGAUACAGUGAGAUGAUCAUUAACCCCGCAACUCCUGCUUGGUGCAGCCCGGGUCAUCUUCAGAACUGCCCUCCAUACCACAUCACCCCGGAUGACACGCUCAUCCACAGGAAUGACACGGCUCAUUUCCCUUACGGAGCUUAUCACUACUACUGUGCCCCGGGGAAUGCUCAGCACUUGGAGGCACCGUACAGCCUCUGUGAUCCUUACAGCAACCCUCAGGGUCAGGAAAUUGUUCAGCUGUUGCCUCACCCGAUUUGGCGACAGUAUGGGUACCCAACCAAACAGGGAGACGGGUGGGUUGGGGAUGCAAGGACUUGGGACCUUAAUGUUGGUGGCCUUUCCAGCAGGCUUUACUUCUAUCAGGAUCCGGGCACCCCUCCCGCUAAAAGAAUAUGGACUUCAUUAGAUACCGGGACUGAAAUUUUUGUUAGUGACAAAGAUGAAGUUGCAGAAUGGACUUUGAGUGACUUUGAUGUCAUUCUCACCUCUCCUCACAGUUAAUGAUAUCAUGUGGUCAUUGGUGGCAGGGUUUAGUCAUCACCAAGCAGCACCAAAUGACUUGCUCAUCUGGCUACUAUUAUACCAAUUUUCAUUUCUAAUGUUACCUGUGUCAGUUUCUUGAAGAACUUCUGCUUAUCAUCAUCUCCCACCAAACCAGAAAGAAGAAAAAGUAUUGCUUCCAAGUUCUUUAAUUUUGUAAAUAAGUAAUACUUAAAGGUAGUUUUCCUGCACCUUACCAAAUGUAAUAAUAACUAGGGGGUGUGUUUGUUUGGAAAGCUACUUAACUACAAGAAGUAUUGUUGAGGGAGGAACUGAAGGAUAUACAACUGAAUCAAUAAAACAGUCCAAACCCUCUCCCUGCAUCACAUUUCUAUAGAAUAUCUGGUAAUCACAACGCUGUGAUUAGUAAACAUUCAUUGGGGAACGUUAUAUAUGUUCGGCUACGUUGUGAUCUGUUCAUUUGUACCUCUGCCAAUUGUUUCAUCAACUUUGUUUAGAAUAUUUGUGAAAUUAUGAUGGGUUAAGAAUUUUCAAUUCAUGUAUUAAAAAUAAGUAAUUCAUUGAGGUCCAUUUACC